UUAUUUUUACAAAAAGCCGCAGAGGCCACUAUGGAAGGACUGUAUAGUGUGGCAUACCACCCGCUCUUACUUCAAGCACAGUUCAACAGCGGCUGUGCGUGUUGCAGCACCUCCUGGAAGAUCCCCUAUUGGCUCUUUCUCGGGGAAUGCGCUUGUUUUGACAACUCAUUUGAUUGUUGGAUAUGGUUUGAGAGGACGACACGGACUGCAGGUUAAACCGUAGAAUUCAUAACAGUUUCUGCAUUUUGCAACCUAUUCAAAUCGGAUUAAUUUUGGAAGGCUAAACAUAGGAAUUUAGUUUAUAAACGCGCGUUCCUCAAAAAAAAAAGGGGGGGCGAUUGACUGGAUUGAAAUGACCAUGUCCGAGGAGAAGAAUUCGGGGUCUCGGGGGAAAGAGGAAGAGAGCGAGGAUGAGAGUGAAAUCUUGGAAGAAAGCCCCUGCGGUCGCUGGCAGAAGCGAAAGGAGCAGGUGAGUCAGGGGAAUGUCCCAGGCAUUGAGACUGCCUCACUGGCCAUGGACACAGAGGAGGGAGUGGAGGUGGUGUGGAACGAAGUGCAGUUCUCCGAUAAGAAGGUCUUCAAAUCUCACGAGGAUCGAAUGAGGGAGAUGUUUGAGAGCCUGAUGCAUGUAGAUCACCCCAACAUUGUCAAGUUCCAUAAGUACUGGCUGGACACCAGGGAAAGUCGGGCGAGGGUGAUCUUCAUCACAGAGUACAUGUCAUCAGGCAGUCUCAAGCAGUUCUUAAAGAAAACAAAGAAAAACCACAAGACCAUGAAUGUCAAGGCAUGGAAGCGAUGGUGCACUCAGAUUCUGUCAGCUCUGAGUUAUCUGCAUUCCUGCCACCCGCCCAUAGUCCAUGGUAACGUGACGUGUGACACCAUCUUCAUCCAGCACAACGGACUCAUCAAGAUCGGCUCGGUGUGGCAUAGGCUGUUUGUCAAUGUUUUCCCAGAGGCGAUCUACGGAAAUGUGCAGCAUCAUCGGGAUGAUGAAACAAACCAGCACUAUUUUGCUCCUGAAUACGGCUUGGCUGAGGAUGUUUGCUCUAUUGACAUCUUCGCCUUUGGCAUAUGCACCCUGGAGAUGGCAGUGUUGGAGAUCCAGGCCAACGGGGACACUGUGGUAUCCAAAGAGGCUAUAACCAACGCCGCCCAGUCUUUAGAGGACCCGCUCAUAAAGGAGUUCACCCAGUCGUGUGUACGCAUGGACGCCAAGAAGAGACCCACGGCCCAUGACCUGCUGUUUCACAGGGUCCUGUUUGAGGUGCACUCUCUUAAGCUGCUGGCUGCCCACUGCUUUAUCAACUAUCAGUAUCAGCUUCAUGAUAACUGCCUUGAAGAGAAGACCAGAACUUUCGACCCCAGUGGUGUGAUGGCUGAGAUCAAGCAUAGGGACCGGCCCGGGGUGGAGAUCAAGUACUCGAAUGUUUCGCCGCUAGAACUGGACAAAUUUCUGGAGGACGUAAAGAAUGGGAUCUAUCCCUUGAUGAACUUCCAGCGAGGCCUCACCAUGCCCCGGACCUUGUCCAUAUUCCAGGAGCGCAUGGAGACAGUGAAGACUCCCAGCCCAGAGCCCCAGGAGAUGGAGACCAGAAAGGUUGUCCAAAUGCAUUGUAACUUGGAGUUCACUGAGGAAGGCACCAGAAGUCAUCUCUCUCUCCUCCUGAAGAUGGACGACAAGCUCCAACGGCAGCUGAACUGUGACGUUCUGCCUACUGACAGUUCCAAAGACCUGGCCAGUGAGCUGGUUCACUUCGCCUUCAUCAGUGAGGAGGACUGUGAGAAGCUGGCGGGCUUUCUGGAAGACGCCCUGUGUAAGCAUUGGGCCGGGCCGUCAUUGGAGGAGUCUUCCCUGGCAUAGUGAUGAUGUACCGACACAUGCUGCUGACCCAAGGGGGAUCUGGACCCUGGGAAAACUACAACAAGAGAGGGAAAGAAAGAGAAUUUAGGGACGCGGGGGGCAGGGCAAUUAGUGGGAACUUUAAGAGUGAACAUUCCAGGACUAGGAAGUGUCAGAUUUUAGUUUUUUGUUUUUGUGAGGCUUGUAAGGGAAGAGAGCCAAGUCAGCACUUCAAUCUGUGUGGUAAAUGUAAGCAUCAAGAAACGCUGUCUCAAAACAGAAGUGAGAGGCGAUCUCUCUCUCUACUAAACAGAAGUGAGAGGCGAUCUCUCUUUCUACUAAACAGAAGUGAGAGGCGAUCUCUCUUUCUACUAAACAGAAGUGAGAGGCGAUCUCUCUUUCUACCAAACAGAAGUGAGAAGCGAUCUCUCUUUCUACCAAACAGAAGUGAGAAGCGAUCUCUCUUUCUACCAAACAGAAGUGAGAAGCGAUCUCUCUUUCUACUAAACAGAAGUGAGAAGCGAUCUCUCUUUCUACUAAACAGAAGUGAGAAGCGAUCUCUCUCUACUAAACAGAAGUGAGAAGCGAUCUCUCUUUCUACCAAACAGAAGUGAGAGGCGAUCUCUCUUUCUACUAAACAGAAGUGAGAGGCGAUCUCUCUUUCUACCAAACAGAAGUGAGAAGCGAUCUCUCUUUCUACCAAACAGAAGUGAGAAGCGAUCUCUCUUUCUACUAAACAGAAGUGAGAGGCGAUCUCUCUUUCUACUAAACAGAAGUGAGAAGCGAUCUCUCUUUCUACUAAACAGAAGUGAUCUCUCUUUCUACUAAACAGAAGUGAGAAGCGAUCUCUCUUUCUACUAAACAGAAGUGAGAAGCGAUCUCUCUUUCUACUAAACAGAAGUGAGAGGCGAUCUCUCUUUCUACUAAACAGAAGUGAGAAGCGAUCUCUCUUUCUACUAAACAGAAGUGAGAGGCGAUCUCUCUUUCUACUAAACAGAAGUGAGAGGCGAUCUCUCUUUCUACUAAACAGAAGUGAGAGGCGAUCUCUCUUUCUACUAAACAGAAGUGAGAGGCGAUCUCUCUUUCUACUAAACAGAAGUGAGAGGCGAUCUCUCUUUCUACUAAACAGAAGUGAGAGGUGAUCCCACUUUCUACUAAACAGAAGUGCCAACCAACUCAAGCCAGAUAAGACUAUGCUGGGAGAGCUACUAUAUUUGGCCACUUCAAUGCCUCCGUCUCUCCGCACAGAUGAUGUCAAUGGCCUUGUUUAGAAUUAUAGCAAGAGACAGUGGACAAAGUAAGCAAUACGAGGAACAUAAAGGUCUUCAACAUUUACUGCUGCAUUGAGGCCUUUUUGUCCAUAAUAACCUAUUGGGCUCCAUUUUACACACGCAGCGCAGCCUUGGCAAUGACCCCAUAAAGAAAACUAAUCUAAAACUCUCACUCUCACAUGCAAGGUGAGGGUACAGACACAUUGAGAUUUUGUGUCCCAAGAUUCCAGGAUUGAGACAAUGGUUUUUCAAUGGGGAGGUCAUCCUCUGCUUAAUGAAAGAUUGUCCAACGGAAGGGAAAAAACUGCAAAAUAUGUUAAGUCUUCUACAUAUACAAGUCAUCCGAGAAAAAGUAGGGAUGAGUUAAACUUAUGACAAGAACGGACAAUGAUGUAGGUCAUAUACAAUUUUAUCCGUGUUCAUGCUUCUCUGUUAGAGUUUAAUACUUUCCUGGUAUUUUACAAAUAAAUCACUUUUCUCCCCGGUAAAAUCAUUUAUAAAGCAUAUAAAUAUGCCUAUGUCUGGAUUUGAAUAGGCCGUUGAGCGAAAAGUCAAGUCUGAUGCGCCAUAUACAUUAAAGACAUUUAAUGAGCCCAAGCCACCAAAACAAACGCAUGAUUGUGCGGUUAUCCAAUACAUAUAUGAUAUAGGCAUAUUACGCACGACAGAAAAACAUAAAAGCCCAUAGAUGUACUUAGCUAUAUGCUCUGUUGGGUAAAUAAAUUAAACUAACUCCAGUAGGCUAAUACUUCCUGAGUGUGAACUGUAUAAUAUCGACUGGAAUUACACACAUCGAUCAAACUGAUAAAGCGAGAGAACAUGCGAUUCCGGUGCAGCACAUGCGUCCUGUAAAGUUACAAGUAUAGGUUAGCAAAAUAGUUUUUAAUUUAAGUAUAAUGGGGCCUAUUUGUAUAAUUUUAGUCGACUGACGCAUAUAUACCUUGAAAUAAUAUUUACCCUAAUGUUAUUAGUAUAUUAUAUUUGUUUUUGCUUGCUUCCUUCCUUCCUUCCUUCCUCUCUUUCAACUGUUAAAUGAAAUACGUUUCGUUGUCCUUUAUUCUCAUAAUUCUAAAUGACAUCCUUGAACAAAAUAGGACUCGAAUUAGAUGCAGAAGGCUUUCACUUCUCUUCACAAAGAUAGAAUGGUCAUGGGUCUGAAUAAAUAACUGCUAUAGCCGACCGACAUCGCGCGUUCGCUCUUUCAAAUGAGUUAUACUGGCUGCUGUAUUUACCAUUCAGCAAACAAGCGCUUCAGUCCCUCUUCAAAUAGUCUAUUGGCAUAGGAAAUGCUUAAAAUGUCCAAGCUAUUCUAGUCUAGCUUCUCCUGCAUGGGACUCCAACAGCUAAGGAGCGUUUUUUUUAAGAGGCCAGCGGAGCACGGGUGUGUUCGUAUUGCGCAAGAGACAGGGGCUAUAAAUUAGAACCUAAUUAUUCAUAACCCAUAAUUAAUUAGCUAAAUAUAGGGCUAAUACUGCAUUGAAUGUAUUACCUGAAAGAGGUAGGCUAGGAUAUAUAUAUUUUGGAUGCAAUUUGAAUGGAGUUAGAGCGAGAAGGACUGUGUGCUCGCACGUGCACAGAUUUGAAAGCAAAGCUAUUCGAGUGAUGGGCUGUUUUUAAAACUGCAGCUGCAAUAAAACAAUUAUCUUUACAAUAAAAUAAAAAAGUGAUCCCUAAAGCCAGAUGUAAAGACAUUCAGUCUUUAUAUUACUGUAGCAUAGACUAUGCUGCAGAAAAUGCAGGCCUACCAUCACAAUAUAUUUUGUGUUUACCAUGAUAACAUGCUAGGUCUACAUGAACUGCGGUCCAUACUCAUGUUCCCUGAGCGUUGAUUCAUCUUGCAGAUGCCGUAGAGAAGCCAGAUUUUAGACAUUGCGUAUAAUUUAAGUUCCAUUCACGCCAUGCUGUUCAUAGAAAUAAUUUAUUAUAAUUUUCCGGUUUCUCGCAGUUAUUUAUCCCGGGAAAAGGGUGUGGUUUUGGGCAGUGAAUCUCAGUGACCGGGUUCCUGCCAUUCAACCCUAGUCUCCGUGUGGCCAUUCCCCUUAUGCAAGUCGUAAUUUUUCGUUUGCGAUGUCUGUGAAAGCACAGAUUAUUGAAACAUCAUUGAAGCACAUGACACUAAAAUGUGAAGCGCGUAAUUCAAUCUCGAUGAUUAUUUUUCAAACGUUACCGAGGCUACGCUGCGUAUGUCACCCUGGUAUGUUUCAAUGUUUAUAAGGCUACAAACAAGAUGCACAAAAUUAGCAUGCAUGUUGUAUUGCUUAGUUACUUUCCAAUCAUGACCACUUCACUGCAAGUGUUAUUAGUCUUUCAUAGGUCACACCGACCAUCACCGUUUCUGAGGAGACCGAGUCUGUGUUCCCGGCAGACAAAAUUGACAUGGAACAAGGAUGGUUUUUAAGGUUGUUUUUGUUAAGGUCUUCUUUUUUUUGCAAACUAAAUAAUGUGUUAAUCUGGUUAACAUAUCACAACCAAAAUAUACGGUCUUUUCCAUGACUUCUUUACCUUGUCAUGAACAUUUUUCUCAAUUUCUCUUGCUUUACCUGGUUGUAAAAGAGACCCGUUGGUUGUAAUCUGGUUAUAGGACGUCUUCUCAACCAGAAAACUUGUUAACAACCAGAACACGUCAUACACCAUGAGCAAAAUGUCCACUGGGUUGAUACCAUAAAUCAAACACUACUUCUGUGUUUGUGUCCGACCUAACACCUUUGCUCAAUUGCAGGGAAAGUCUGGGUUAACGACAGAUCUUCCAUACUAAAAUGUCAGACAUUGAACCUGUGAAAGUAACUCAAGUUUUAAACGGGAGACAAUAGAAUACAUUUGCCAGCAAUCCCUUACAUAGUAUGCUGCGUUUUUCUUUCUAAGAAUGAAAACCCUAUCAAGCCGAGAAGAAGACUUACCUCACAAUUUGAAUUCAUACAUUUUUCUGCCUCAUUGAUAUGAUCACCAUUUCCGAUCUUAAUAUUUUGCUCUGUCCUUAAUGUCUUUCAGUGGAAAGUCAUAGACCUACAAUAGUUUCUGAAUUAAAUUCACUGUUGAGAAAAUGUACCUUUUUUUUUUUUUUUAAAAUAUGAAUUGUCAUUUUUCUUAAAUCAUAACUUGCAAUAUGCCUUUUACAAGUUGCUGUGUGUUCUUAGUCUGUAUGAACAAAUGUUACAUGUAUCCACAUUGGAAUAUUCCUUUGUUUUGUGUGUUUUUUGCAUUUGUUGAAAGAUCAAUCUUUUUAACUUGGUUUGAUAGGCUACACGAUGGAAAUUUAGUUGCUAAUUAUUUACCUCAGAUUUUUAGCUUGUUGACUGUAUGGUUCAUUAUACAUGCAUGACAUACUAUUAAUCGAUUUUAGCUGCAAUCAAGCCCAAGUGCCUCACUAUACACCAGUGCAGUGUUUUCCCAAACUUUGUCCUUGGGACCCCAAGGGGUGCAUGUUUUGGUUUUGCCCCCAACACUAAACAGUUGACUCAAAUAAUCAAAGCUUGAUGAUUAGUUGAAUCAGCUGUGUAAUGCUAGGGGCAAAAAAACUAAGUGCACACCCCUUGGUGUCCCGAGGACCGAGUUUGGGGAAACCCAGUACUGGUGUUACACAAACCAACUUUUUAAUGCAAUUUUAGUUGCCAUUGAGCUCCCUUACUGGGCUGUAUGGAACAUGCAUGAGCCUCAAUUUCCAUUUUGUAAGCCAGCAUUCAUUUAGUACACUUCAUACCAUGAAUUUGUAAAACAUUGUGGGUUCUGUUCCGCAUGAAAUAUUAUCAAUAUCUACUUGAUUAUAUGACCGUCCAGUUGAUCAAAACCAAUGUGCUGGCAUGUUGUAUGAUAAAUGUUAAACUCAUUUGAUCAGUAAUCUUUGUUACUCCGUUGCCCAUGACUGGUCGGUACUGUGCCUCCGUUGACCUAUUUUUGGGGGUCAAGCAUGUCCUGUCCACACUGUAUUCAGGAGUGGAUGUCUUGAGUUGAAUUGUACUUGAGCUUGCCGCAAUCGAGUCACUCUAGCCCUGUUUAUACCUGGUGCUAACAUGCAGCCUUUUUCCUGCUCUUAUCCCCACUUUCUGAUUCUGGCCAAUUUUGGGGGGAGGGACAAGUGCAGAUUAAAUUUUUUUUUUUAUAUAUAUAUUAUAUAAAAAUGCAUUGUGAUCUGAUCGGUGUAAACAGCCAAGAUCAGGACGAAGGACACAUGUUAACGGCGGGUGUAAACAGGUUCAAAUAAGGUUCUCCUCAUUUCAGCACCACCGAUGAAUUUAUGUCUACAUUCCAUAUUGUAGACAAUGAUAAUUUUCUCUGUAAAAUUUGGAGGGGUGAGGCUGUAUCAUCGAUAAUUGAAAAAUAACUAAAAACAAAUGAAAGGCCUAACACAUUCUCUUCCUUUAUCUGUUUAGCUAAAUUACAGCUCUCCUUGUAUUGAGUUGCUUCUGCCUUGUUCUGUUUGUACAACUCAUGUAAAAUAUUGUACAAUAAAAAAGUAUUGAGUCUA